AUGGCCUUAUCUCCAGCCUUUGUGGCGCCAAGUGUGGUCGCCAGCCCGCUCUCGGCCCCGGCGGUCGCCGAGCGGACCGUUGGCUCGAGUGGCUCUCGGUCCCAGGUGUCUGCUCAAACGGUGGCCGCUUUGGCGGCUGUGGGUGCCAUUGCGGGGCGAGGUCGGAAGUCUCGCGGCACACGAGUGACGCGUCAGGCGGUGGUGGCCGAAGUCGGCGCCAACGCGGGAGAAAGACCCAAGGAAGGCAAACCCUUGAAGGUGAUCGUUGCAGGUGGCGGAGUUGGUGGCUUGACGUCUGCUUUUUCCAUGCUCAAACAGGGCUGGGAUGUCCGGGUCUAUGAAAAGACCGGGAAGUUUGCACGCUUUGGUGGUCCAAUCCAGUUCGCCAGCAAUGCCACGGCUACUCUGAAGGCCAUUGAUGAGCGCCUUUUUGAGCGUGUCAUGGAAAAGUUCACUUUCACUGCCACUCGACGUUGCGGCAUCAAGGAUGGACUUAGAUCAAAUGGCGACUUCAGGAUGACGGAUGUGUUUGACCCAUCAUACUUCACGAAUCCCGACGUGCCAGCAGAUUGGUUCAUCUCUUUUCCUUUGAAGGAGUGUGCGGACUUCUUCAACCUCCCAUACACUGGUGUGAUCAACCGUCCUGAUCUUCAGGAUAUUCUUCUUGAUGAGUGCAAAUCACAGAAAGAGGAUUUCAUUGUCAACGGCGAGAACCAUGACAAGGGCGUGACUGUCAAGCUCUCAGAUGGCACCACCGAAGAAGCGGAUCUUUUGGUGGGUGCUGAUGGCAUUUGGUCGGCGGUCAGAGCGCAGAUGUACAAUGAGGGAGGAGUGAAGGAGCGUUCCAAGGACGGCAAGUCGAUCCAAGGGUGUCGAUACUCUGGCUACACCGUUUUCGCAGGAGAAACGGUUCUUGAGGUUCCCGACUACUACGAGUGCGGCUACAAGGUCUACAUUGGUCCCCAAAGGUACUUCGUAACUUCUGAUGUGGGUGAUGGACGAAUCCAGUGGUAUGCCUUCUGCGCUCUGCCGCCAGGCACUCACAAGGCUGGAGACACUUGGGCAGGUGAGGGCGGCGAUGCCAAGAAGGGAGCUGAUGUGAUCAGUUAUUUGAAGGGCCUUCAUGAAGGCUGGUCGAGUGAAGUUUUCUACGUGCUCGACAACACGGAUGCGGAGUCGGUGGAACAGCGAGACUUGUACGAUCGCUUGCCUGAGUUCUUCCGCUCCUGGGCCGACGGCAACGUGGUGCUCAUGGGAGAUGCAGUGCACCCAAUGAUGCCUAAUCUUGGCCAGGGUGGCUGUCAGGCUAUUGAGGAUGCGUAUGAGCUGACGCGUAUUCUGGCGGCGAGUAAGACCUAUGCGGCAGAUUUUGAUCCAAAGGUCACGGCCGAAGCUCUGCAGAACUUCUACCGCUCGCGGAUGCCUCGUGUGGCAGGUGUCUCUUUGAUGUCCGGCCUGGCUUCGGAUCUCAUCAUCAACGAGAAGGGCACCGAUUGGAGAUCGUACCUGACCCUGGGCUGGAAGCCCUUCCUCCAGUUCAUUUUCUUCCCGCUGUUCCUCUUCCUAUAUUCCAACCAUCCUACGGGCGGCAUGGGCGACCUCCCAAAGAGAAUGGAGGAAGAGUGGCGAAAACGACACAAGAAGUCUGCGGAGGCAGGGCCAAGAACUGUAGUUUUGUGGAUCCCAGUGAAGGACGGACAUAUCGAGAUCGCAGCUUUUGCCGCAGCAAAGGGAGGUAAAAAGAUGCUUCAUCAGCCAUCUUUCUUUGCCAAAGUCAAUGCGGUGGAAGAGGAGAAGGAGAAGGCUCAACUCGUGCAAAACGCGGAAGGCAAGGUGCCCAAUCCUCGCGACAAGUCCAGAGCAGAACCGUCGGCCAUUUUCAAGGUGGAGAGCACUUGCAAGCCAGACAAGGAAGUGGACAGCAUCAAGUUCUUUGUGACAGCAGCAGCGGCCUGUGAGGCGAUGAUCGCUCUGGGGCGUUUUCAGCAAGUGCGAGAUGAAAUGAGCUCAAACUUGCAGUCCGACUGGGCGGCCUGGCUUCAUGAUUUGACCAGAAUCUCCUUUGAAAGGAUUGUGGUGUCCAAUGCCUCAGAGGUGGUGAGCGCGGUGGAGGGCAAAGUAAGCUGCUUGGCUUUCAUGUUUGUGGAUGACGAGCUCUUGAUGCCGGGUUUGCGGCGAAGACCCGUGGUAGACGCAGAGGUGCCACUGUGCUCCGCAGCUCCUGGAGGCACGAAGUGCGCAUGGAAGUUUGUACUCUUGUACAUUGUGGUCCUUUCAUCCAUGGGGACCUGUGCAAGCUUCCCGGUCGGGCCAGAUGAAUGGUCUUGGCCAAAGGCGAUGUCAACAGCAUGCUGCAUGGAUUCCCGGGCUUUGCUGCUCCUGCGUUGUUUGCUGGCGGUCACCUACGUGGGCCAUGCCUGCUACGACAUAUACACAUACUAUGAUAGUGGUUACUACUGGAUGUUCUUGACGCAUAUCUCCUUGUGGUGUCAAGUUGUUUGCAGCGUCUGCCUGGUCACUGCAACGAUGACUGGCAUGAGAGCGUUGAGAAACGACUGGCCGACAGAGAAGUCUGAGCCUUUAAUUUGUCGAGUUGCUCUCGCCUUGUUCUCCCUGCAGUUACCGUUGUCAUUCAUGGUGGUGACAAUGUACUGGUCCCUUGAGCAGCCGGUCUGGGACCUUCCUGCAGGCUAUCACUCCUCUUAUGAGAACUUGUACGUCCACGGACUUCAAAGCAUCGGAGUCUUGGUGACCUUUCUCUUUGGGAGAAUUCCCUUUCGGGUGAGGCAGUGGGUUUGGCUCAUGCUGUGCGGUGUCGUCUACUGCACCUGGACUUAUUUGCACUUUUUGUUGCGUAUUGGAAAUUUUGGCGGCUGCCCCAAGUACCCCAGAGAUGAGUGCCCCAUCUAUGCAGUCUUCGACUGGCACAAAGGCUUGCAUACACUGAUAUUGGGCUGCAUGCUGAUUUUGGUGGCUUGUCCUUUAGUGAUGUCAAUUUUCUGGCUGCUUGGCUGGGUGCGAGACUGGCUGGACAAGCCUCACUCAGGGCAAUUUGAGGCUGAUGAACAGGCUGAUGAACUGUGUCGCGGGCAGUGCAAGCUUCUUGUGAGGUCACUCUUCUCUCUGACAAUCUGUUGCAAGAUCCGCUGCUGGAAGCGGCAUAGCAUGUCACAGCUGCAUGACAAGCCAAGCAUGCUGCAGCACACCGUGUGCACCCUCAUCAAUCACUAUAUAGUCCGCUUGUUGGUUUGUUUAUGGCAUCACCUCAAUUGGGUGUCAUCCAACGGAAAUCCUAGCGGUCCUUGUCGUGGGAUUGCAGGAGCCAAGAAAACCCUACGUGGAGGACUCCUCGGAGGAGUCGUCUGAAAGUGAAGGGCCUUGCUAACUUGGUGACUCGUCAGUCGAGUCCUCUGAAAGCAAGGCUGCAGCGGAGCCCUGGAAGCCACCAGGCACACCCAGGUUUCCACUUCAUGACGCUCAGGUGGCUUGACCCCCAAUCUUCUUGUACUACAGAGCCGUUCUUGUAGCUCGGGGCGGCCAGAAGUGCCGCUGGACCCAUUUUAAGCGAUGCAAUGCCAAUCGUGAAGAGCAGCCACUCCGACCUGAGGAGAAACGGUCGGUGGCUGCAGACAGUGAGCUCCGCGUCAGAGAGUGAAAGCAAUUCCCAGCGGAG